AUGGAGCAACAUUCCUGUCGUCGACGCCACUCUUACGCCGUUCGACCUCUUUCAGCCUUAAUUCGCUUGACACUGACACUGACACUGACAAAGCUAGAUCCCGUCGUACCGUCGAGACAGCCUCAACCGUACCCCAUCGCAUACUAUGCUUAUUCCGUCGAGCUUCGAGCCUCACCCAUGAAACGCCUCUCGGUCAUCUCAACCAACAUCCAACCCGAGCCUAUCGCUCAAGCGCUGGGCAAAUUUGAUAUAUCUCCCGGCAACACCCCCCAUGCUGUGUUCGGAAGUACUCACGCCAAACUUACACCUCUUAUAAACUUUAGCCGUUGA